UCUUCUUCUUCUUCUUCUUCUUCUUCUUCUGCUUCAUUCUCUUCUUUUCCGCUCCGACAUGGCGGGCUCCUCCACCGACCCCAUCUUCCACUCUGACCUGACUUACAGCGCUCCUUACCCGGCCAGCUCCCCACGGCUUCCCGCAGCCUUCCUCAGCGGCAGAGUUCCGCUCGGUAUGCACGGGGUGAGCGGCGGCGCAGGCGGCGCAGGCGGCGGUGCGGCACCGCAGACGGAGUGCAGGAUGGUGGAAGUUCACGGUGUGAAGGUGGCGUCGUUCACGGUGGACGGCGCGGAGCUGAUCUGCCUGCCGCAGGUGUUUCAGCUCUUCCUGAAGCACCUGGUGGGCGGACUGCACACCAUCUACACCAAGCUGAAGCGGCUGGACAUCAGCCCCGUGGUGUGCACUGUGGAGCAGGUGCGCGUGCUGCGCGGGCUCGGAGCCAUCCAGCCCGGAGUGAACCGCUGCAAACUCAUCACCAGGACCGACUUCGAGACGCUGUAUCUGGACUGCACCACCGCCAGUUCUCGACCAGGUCGUCCCCCAAAGAGAACUCUGGGCGUGGCCAACAUGACCAACUGUUCCAGGCUGCUUCCACAAGGCCUGAUAAGCCCCGCCCUGCUGUCUCAGACAGGUCUGACAGCUGCAGCGAUGGUGGAGGCUCUGAAGCUGCAAAAGAUGAGAAUGAUGAUGUGUUUCCAUGACAAAGGUGACCUGCAGCACCAUCAAGGCGGAGUCGAGUCAGGGAAAGAUGACACAGGGGGGAGUGAAGAAUCAUGGGAGAAGAAGCAGCACCUCCUCUCUACUCCAUCCUCGGGUGUAGCACCUCCUGCUGGUUCUCUCCACUUCAACACCCUUCAGCAGCACAGCUCCCUAUUGGCUAACCGGUUGUCAGACCUUCCUUUUAUGGUCAUGUCACACCCCCUUCUUCCUGUGGGCCUGCCUCCUGUCAGUGUUGCCUUGGCAAUUAACCAAAUGAGUCAGAUCAGCAGUUUGGCCGACAUGGCAACCACGGCAAAGAUGGUAGAGAACAAGGAGUCUCCCACAGAGAGCUCCUCCCCCUGCCCCUCCUACAAUGAGGAUGAGAUUCAACCUGGGGAACCAACCAGCCAAUCACCUUCUAGAGCAUCUUCUUUGUCCUCAUCAUCACAUCCUUCUCUGACACACACACCAGAGCUGGAUGAGACUAUGUUGCCCCACCCCCUCCUCAGACCGGCCUAUCAGAAGCCACCUAUCAGCUCCCAGCCGCUGUCAGUCAACCAGACAAACCGCGGCUUCGUUCCACUCCUGACGGGUGAGGGCUUGUCAUCCAUGGAGACGCUGCUGACCAACAUACAGGGUCUGCUGAAGGUGGCAGAGCAGAGCGCCCGAUUCCAGGACAAACACAGCCAGCUGGAGAGGAAAGAGCUAAAGAUGGAGCUGGACAGAGAGCAGGACGCCCGGAGGACACUGCAGAGACAGCUGAGCUGCGAGCUGCAGAGACAAGUGUUGAUGCAGAAGAAGCUGAAGAAGGAGAAGAAGGUGAAGAGGAAGCUGCAGGAGGAACUGGGGAUGAGGAGGAGAGGACAGGUGGAGACAUCUCUGAAACACCCUGACUGGUGUCCAGCAGACGUGAUGACUCCAGAGAGCGUAGGAGGAAAUAAGCUGAGAGAAAACUCCGGAGCUCCAGAGAACAGAGCCUUUACUACACCUCCUCUCCUCCUCUGACACCUCCUGAUGAAGAGGAGGAGGAGGAUGGAUGAAGAGGAGGAGGGAUGAAGAGGAGGAGGAGGAUGGAUGAAGAGGAGGAGGGAUGAAGAGGAGGAGGAGGAUGGGUGAAGGGUGAACACCCCUCUGAUCAGCGUGUGAAGCUGAAAACAUCCAAAUCUGGAGCCACUUAAAGAAAUUUACAUGUAAAAUAUGAAAAACUGGUUUUGUUUCUGAAAUUUCCAUAAAAACAAUAAA